AUUAAACUGAAUCGCGGGCUAAAAAUACAAUAAACAAUUGCGUUUUGCAUUAUUAAGAACUUUUCUCGUUUGCUCAGGUAGACGUAGACAUUUUUCCAACAAUUUGCUUGAACUUCUUCUCCCAUGAUUAAAAUUGGUGCUUUCAAUUCACCAAACGUGAGGCCCAGAUGGGCCUUCAUCUUGCCGUUACUCUCCGUGGCAGCAUGGUGGGGAAUGCUGAUUGCCAUGAUCGUGUGUUGGGUGGCGCAGGGCAGGCCUAACUACGAGCAAGAUCACAUUUACAUGGCCCAUCUCAUUGUGUAUUUGUCCAACGUCGGAGCCACUAAUCUGCAAGGACUUUUCAUUGCCGGCACAGCAACCAUGGGCUUUUUCUUCGUGUGGGCCGUAAUAGAGGAGGCAUACCUUAGAUCUCGCCGGAAACGUUAUUUGCUACCACGGUUCCGUCGCACAGUUACCGCUCUACAUGUUGUUUGUAUCAUACUGAUCUUUCUAUCCUCGCUUUCCAUCUUUUUCGUUUCUUGUUUCAAGGACACCCAAUAUGACACCGUUCACUUGACCUUUGUGGGUAUCUUCAUUGUGCUCGAUCUUUUGUGGGCAAUCUGCAACAUCAGCCUGUACUUCAUCUAUGCCAAACAUUAUACCCAUUUCAAAUGGUUCAAAUGGAGUGCCUGGCUGAAACUGGUAUGGCUGAUUAUUGGAAUCGCUCUCGCUAUUGGCUAUGUGGCAUGCAUGCGAAUUGCAAGCAGACAUGGCGACGCAUCUCGGCUGUGGGGCGUCUCUGGGGUGUUUGAAUGGGCCUUGUGUUUCUGGUUCGGUGUGAUCAUGUUCUUGUUCUCUGUCGACCUUGGCCUCAGAUCUAAGGCUGAUUCAGAUUACCAGACCGAUUCUAGCUCUGAGUGGGACAAGGAAAACAACACUCAAACGCCUCCCCAGGGAGAUGUUCAUUAUUGAUACGAUAUCAUGUACCGAGUAGAAUAAAAAGACGUUAUCACUUCAUAUCAAACGAGACAAUUAAACAAAUAAACCUUAAAUUUAAACAAGGG